UGGGAGACAUGCUCUGGAAAAAUUUAUCAUAUUCUAAAAGGAUCACUUCUUUUAUAACACAAGGGCAGAUUUGUCAGGCCUUAUUUACAUUCAAUCAAUUUCAAAGAGCUGGGUUUAAAAUCACGGAGUUUCUUCUGUCAGCAAUUGUAAGGGGCUGUGGGAGACUUGGUACGAUAGAAGAGGGCAAGCAAGUUCAUUGCAUAGUAUUCAAACAUGGGUUUGAUAGAGAUAUGAUUUUGAUGACUUCCCUUCUCGACAUGUACUGUAAAUGCGUUGAUAUCAAAGAGGCAUGCCGUGUUUAUGAUGAAAUGCCCCAAAGAGAUGUUGUUGUAAACAAUAGCAUGAUUUUUGGGUUAUGCCGGUGUCACUUGACAUUGGAUGCAAUGACUUUGUUUGAUAAUAUGUCUGAACGUGACGUGGGAUCUUGGAAUUCACUGAUUUCAGGGCUUGCUCAAAACUCAGAAGGAAGGAACGCGUUGUUUUUGUUCAAGAAAAUGAGAGUGGAGGGAGCUGAAGUUGAUGUUAUGACCAUGUCCGGUGUUCUUUCAGUUUGCGCUGAUCUAGCUGCUUUGGUUAACGGUAAACAAGUUUUUGGGCUAGUGAUUAAAUAUGGGUUUGAGCUAUAUUUACCUGUUGGAAAUGCCAUCAUUGACAUGUAUGCUAAAUGUGGAUGCAUGGAAGAUUCCUGCCAAUUUUUCAUGAACAUGCCAAUCAAGAAUGUAGUUUCAUGGACGUCUUUGAUCGUGGGUUAUGGAAAACAUGGCUUGGGAAUGGAAGCUCUUGAGGCAUUUGACAAUAUGGAAAGGGAAGGCAUUGUGCCAAACAAGAUCACAUUCUUGGGAACCUUAUAUGCAUGUAGUCAUGCAGGAUUAGUUCACAAAGGGUGGAUGAAUUUCAAUACCAUGGUACAUAAAUAUUCCAUCACACCCAUGAUGGAGCAUUACACAUGCAUGGUGGAUUUACUUGCACGAGCUGGGCAUCUUACGGAGGCUUAUAAUUUUGUGGAGAGGAUGCCAAUGAAGCCGGAGGCAAGGCUUCUAACAGCACUUUUUAGUUCAUGUUGUUCUCACAUGAAUGUAGAGCUAGCAAAGACUAUUGGACAGAGAUUAAUUGAAUUGGAACCUGAAGAAGCAGGAGCCUAUAUGUUGUUGUCCAACUUCUAUGGAAUUAUUGGGGACUUGGAAGGUGUAGCAAAUGUGAGAAAAUUGAUGUCAAAAAGGGGAAUAAGAAAAACAAAGGCAUGUACAUGGAUUGAGAUAGAUAGAAAAGUCCAUAGCUUUGAAUCAGGAGAUGGGUCUCAUCCCCUUAACAAAGAGAUAUACAAUUACUUGAAAGAUCUUGUUAAGAAGAUGGAGAAUAUUGGAUAUGUGCCUAACACAAGCAUGGUUAUGCAAAAUUUGGAUGAUCACACAAAGGAAGAGAUGGUUCUCAGUCAUAGUGAGAAACUGGCCAUUACUCUUGGCCUGAUUAUCACUCCCCCGGGAACACGUAUCAUGAUAGUUAAGAAUCUUAGAGUAUGUGCAGACUGCCAUUUAUUUACUGCAUUGGUUUCAAAGAUUGAAGGAAGGGAGAUUGUCACGAGAGAUUCUAGCCGAUUUCAUCAUUUCAAUAAUGGAACAUGCUCUUGUGGAGAUCAUUGGUAGAGGUAUGGGAGGAUCUUUGCCAUGAAUGAUAGUUCAUGUGAACAAUAUAAUUGAAUGAAUCUUUCUCAUGCGUGUAAACUAUAGAAAUUGUCUUCAAUAACUUAAUUAAAAUUAUCCCCCCAAAGGCUCCUCUACUUAUUUAUAGGAGAAGCUGCCUGUCCCACUUUUGAAAAUAAAAUAAAUAGCAAAAAAAAA